UGAGGCGUCGAGAGAUACAGCGGUUCUCCCCUGACUAGUACAGUCCUGUUAUGGUGAAACACAGGGGAACUGCGGUCCUGCGGCAUACAAGAGACUGGGAGGAAGGGGACAAUUCCGGGGAGAAUUUUGCGGAUUCCAGUGAAUGCAUGUAGCGGUAUAGCUCGCAAUAUUAAACUCGCGCUGCUUUCCUCUCGGCUGGAAAUCAAAGAUUGUACAUGGCGGUGAAUAUCGGGUUCUUCUGUCUGCUUUCUCUGGGGUGCUGUCGCCUGUCCGUGCAAGAGAGCCCUGCUUCUGUGGAGCUGAGCUGUGGGCCUGGCCCCGCCCACGUGGUGCUUGAGACACCCCGCCCCCUGCUGCUGGACUGCCAUUUGGGGGCCGUCGAGGCACCACGCAACGUCACCUGGCUCCGCGACGGGGCGGUCCUGGGCGAGAGCGAGGCGAUCCAGCUCCUGCCCAAUGGCUCCCUGCUGGUGCUGCCCGCCGGCCGGGACUGGCAGACUCCAGCACACGUGGAGGGCGACUACCGAUGUCUGAGUGGCAGCUCCUUCGGUGCACUGACCAGUCGCACGGUUACGCUGCAGCUGGCUAGCCUGUCUCGUUUCCUUCAGGACCCGGAGUCUCAGGUUGUACCCACAGGUGGCACUGCCCGCUUUCAAUGCCACGUGGAUGGCCUGCCUGUCCCCAGCAUUACAUGGGAAAAAGACCAGGUGCCACUUCCUGUUCCUGCCGACUCGGAUGACCCGGCGAGAUAUGUAACUCUCCCAAAUGGGGUCCUGCAGAUUUUGGGGGUCAUCAAGGACGAUGAGGGCUUGUACCGCUGUGUAGCGUCCAAUUCUGCCCGCAAGCGCUACAGCCAAAAUGCGUCCCUCACAGUCACUUCAGGUCCCUCAGAGGAGAGUGAAGUCGUGAUUAUAGCUCCACCGCGGGACUCGACAGUGGUGUUGGGCCUCCCAGCGGUACUGGAGUGUAUGGCUCAGGGCCAGCCUAAGCCCUUUGUGUCCUGGAGCAGACAGGAUGGGAAACCUAUUGCCACAGAUGUGGUUGUCCUGGCAACCAACCUAGUGAUCCCAGACACCCGCAGUCAUCAUGCUGGAGUGUACGUGUGUCGUGCCAACAAGCCCAAAACCCGGAACUUUGUGUCUGCGUCGGCAGAGAUCCGCGUGCUGGCUGCUCCAGUGAUCCUGCAGCCACCUGAGACUGUGUCUCUGUCACGGGGCAACACCGCGCGUUUCGUGUGCAACGGCUCGGGCGAGCCCCGGCCGGCGUUGCGCUGGCUGAAGAACGGCGAGCCCGUUCGCUGGAGUGCCCGCGUUCGCACGCAAAGCCCCGGCGUGCUGCUCAUCAACCAGCUGGGCCUGGCCGACGCCGGCUACUACCAGUGCCUCGCCUCCAACAGCCUGGGUGUCACCUGCGCUGCUGCCAAGCUGUCUGUCAUCGUGCGGGAGGGGCUUCCCAGCCCUCCACGCCAGCUGGAGGCCACGGCCCACUCCAGCACGUCUGCCCUGCUGACCUGGGAGCCACCUGAGCACAACAGCGACCAGGUUAUCGGCUUCUCCAUACACUACCAGCGUGCCACAGGCUCAGAUAACAUGGAGUAUCAGUUUGCAGUGAACAACGACACUACGGAAUUGCACGUGAAGGAGCUCCAGCCUCACACGGCCUACACCUUUUACGUGGUGGCAUAUUCACCCAUGGGUGCCAGCCGUCCAUCACAGUCUGUCACCGUGGAGAUGCUGGAGGAUGUGCCGAGCGCAUCUCCCCAGCUGUCACUGCUCAGCACGUCGCCCACUGAGAUCAGAGCCAUGUGGAUGCCUCUCUCCUCGCACCACAGCCGCGGGGACAUCAUGCGCUACCGCAUCGACUACUGCACACUGGAGCACACAUCUGAGCUGUUCUCAGUGGAGGUGGCAGGGAACGAGACCCAGGUGACCCUGAAGAAUCUGAAGCCCAGUCACACAUACCAGCUACGGAUUGCUGCAGGAACUCAAGCUGGAUUUGGCCGGCCCUCAGAGUGGGCUGUUCACCACACACCUAACCUUACUCAGGUGCUCUUUGCACCAACAGAACUAAAAGUGAGAGCCAAGAUGCAUUCCCUCCAUGUCACAUGGCAACCACCACCAAAUCACACGCAGAUCACCAGCUACAAACUGGCCUAUCGAGAGGUGGAUGGAGAGGAGCCAGCCAAUGAAGAGAAUCCUGCGGGUGAUGCUCAUGAAAUUAGGCUACGCAAACGUGUGAAGCAUUAUGAGAUCACAGGCUUGGCUCCUGAUUGUCUGUAUGAGGUCAAAGUGUGGGCAUGUAAUAAGCAGACUGAGGGCUAUCCAGCUGUUUGGAAGGGCCGGACAGACAAGUUUACUGAACCAGUGCGACCACCGAACUCCCUUCCCCCUCUGCCCCCCAGCAAUGUAAAGGCCCAGGCCAACAGCUCCACCUCCAUUUGGCUGCAGUGGGAGAAACCGCCGUUCAGUAAUGAACGUGUCGUCACUUACACGAUCCGCUGUAGCCCUGCGGGAACACGUAACGCCUCGCUCAUCUCCUACUACACCAGCACUUCUCAGGAGAUCCUGUUGGGGGCGCUAAAGCCCUUCACCCGCUAUGAGAUUGCUGUUCAGUCAAAUGGCAUCAAUAUGGGCGGCCCCUUCAGUGGCACAGUGGAAGAGUCCACAUUAGCUGACCGACCCUCAUCUCCCCCCACAGACCUGCAGUUAAGCGCUAUAAAUUCAUUCUCAGUGUUGGUGAGUUGGCGCCCCCCGCUGGAGCCCAAUGGUAUUGUAGUGAGCUACAGAAUGCUCUACAGUGGCAACCUCAGCCAGCCCGAUCAUCUGUGGACCAACCUUAGUCAUGAUGGAUCUGUCACUAGCACAGAGGUUCUGGAUUUGAUGAGCGAAACGCGUUACUACUUUAAGAUGGCCGCAUGCACUGAGGUGGGGGUAGGACCUUUCUCUCCUGUGAAGGAUGUACACACGCCCCCAAAGCAAUAUGAGUUGGAUGUCCAUGCAGUUACUGGGAUCAUUGUUGGUGUGUGUCUUGGGCUUCUCUGCAUCCUACUCUGCAUGUGUGUUAGUUUCCGCAACGGGAAAAGCCGGGAGGCCUCUGCAGGGUUGGAACCCAGUGCCGUGGGGCCCCAGUACCGUAGGGGGGGCCACCCUGUGUCUGCCUCCGUGCAUGACUGCACUGACUGCCAUGAACUGGAGACCCUCAUGCAGCCUGGAGCCCAAGACCCUCCUCUGUCUUUGAUGGAACCCAGUGAGCAGCAACACCUCAUGGGUAGUGUGGGCAUGCUUGACUGUGCAGAGUCCAAGCCAAUGUGGAACGGUUCAGUCAGCCGCGACUGGGCCAGCCGCAUCACCACAUACAGAGACACGAUCACAGAAGAGUCGACGUCGAUCCUGAACGGACCACUGGAUGGUCCAAACGCUGCAAAUAUUGAGAGAGGAUGCGAGGAAUGCUUGCAUUCACUAGGCUCUAAUCAGGUGGAGGCAGAGGUGAUCGUGCACUCUGAGCUGUCUGAGCCUGUGGAAGACCAGGGCGUUCCCACUUUGGGGUCUCCUAUCUCCAAAGGUCCCCCGGAGUCCAUGGAGGACCAGUUGGAUCAGACUGUAGGGUCUCCUGUCUCUCAGGGUCCCCUUUACAAAGAGGAAUCUCCGCCACUACAGCACACCACCUCUCCGUCAUUCUCCGGCCCCGCCUCUGCCCUGGAGCUCCACCCUUCCUCCCCACCCCUCUCCAGCCCCAUCCAGGAGGUACUGUCCAAUCACAGCGGAGUGCAGCAGAGUGGGCUGGUCCAGCUGACUGCGGGAGGGGUCAAGAAUGAACGGGUGGGUCUUACCAACGGCUUCCACACCUCUGAACACCUGCGGCCCAGGCGGGGGAGCCAGGACAGGGAUCACAGACUCAGGCCAGCGGUGAAGGCCCUCAACCAGUCAGGGCUGCCCCCAUCCUCUGCAACCUUAGUACGGGCAGGCCUUAUCCAGGCUACCUCAGCUGGCCUGCGGCCCUGAGCUCAUAUGACGAGGAGAAACCAUGUUGGAGUGAACCAUCUGGCCAAUAUUCCAGAGUGGAGACGAAUCACUGUGCCUGACAUGCAUGAACAGCGCAGCCUGUCUCACCUGUGAACCCUAAUGGAGAAUGCUUCAUUCCACUCUAUGGGCAAAGUCUCCCUCUUGUCUACUGCAAGUGAUUGUUUUAAUUGUUUUAUAACUCUGUACAUACAGAAUAGUUUUUUAGCUCUAGAAGCCAUGGGUAUGCAUUUUUUUUUCGCAUAUUGAUGGUACUUUGGGGGUGGAGUGUGUAUGUGCAUGUACCAUAUACCAUAUGUAUUGAUUUGAUAUACAUAGUUACAUGCACACAUGAAUGAAUGAGUGUGUGUGUAUGUGUGUGUGUGUGUGUG